AUGCCGGUGUAUCAGGGGAUGUUUGUAACCCGCUCCUGGCUCGGUGUGGGCAGCGCGGUGCGGGUCAGUUCGCAGACRCGGCCGUGGUGCGGUGCUGCCGCCUCCCGACAGCAGCGGGACUGGGAGGAAUCUCUUCAACCUCCGCGCUUUCCUUCAUCACUUCAUCCUGUCCUUACCUGCCAGAGGGCCACAAGGUUCCUUUUCCACUUCCCAGAWGACACGGGGUCCCGGGCUCAGGGCGGUCCCGGGCUCAGGGGGAACCGGGCUCAGGCGGUCCCGGGCUCAGGCGGCCCCGGGCCCAGCGCGGCCCCGCCCGCAGCCCCGCCGUUGCUACGAUACCGCAGCGGCGUUGGCUGCGAGCUGCGGGCUCAGCACCGCCGCGGGCCCGGGCCGCCACCGCCGCCGCCCCGCUACGGGCACCGGCACCACCCGGGCACCGCCAUCGCCCCGGAAAAGCCUGACAUACCGUAUCUAGAUGAAAGUGCAUUUGAAGCACUGGAAAAAGACUCCCAAGAAUUCAUCAGUAUACUGAACAGAGAUGAAGCCCUGGAAAAGUUCCGUAUCGAAUAUGAGAAGCUCUUUGCUUUUAUGAAGAAGUCUCGUGAAAAUGAAAUGCAUCUCAUGGUGAAAUGCAGGAAGCUGAGUGCUGAGCUUGUGGAGAAGUCAUCUAAAGUAGCUCUGCUCACAAAAGUCACUAAAGAUGAUGAGGAAACUAUAUCAUCAUUGAAGUUGGAGCUUGAAAAGGCCUGGAAAAUGGUGGAUAAAGCCCAGGAAAGGGAACAGAAAACUAAGGAAACUAUCAACUCACUGCAAAGGGAAAUUUURCGCCUAAAUCAUUUAAUGAAGGAAAGAGCUGGACAGGAGCACAAUGUUGAGGAUUUGCUAAAAUUACAAGAAGAGGUAACAGAGGAGCGGGAUCAGCUAUUGUCAGAAGUUGUGAAGUUACGUCAAAGUCUCACUGAAAUCACAGAACGUCAGCAGGAAAUAGAGAAGGCGAAAAAUGAGGCAGAGCAAUCAGUUUUGCAGCUUCAGCAAGACAUCCAGCUGCGUCAAAGCGAGGAAGUACGAGAGGCUCGAAAGAAGGAAAAAAUGGAGAAUGAGCUGAAAAAUCUUCUAGCUGAAAUGGAUAACAAGCAAGCCGAGGUCCAAAAGUUACAGCAACAAAUAGAGAAUAACAAAGAGGAACAACUGAAAAUACAAAAUAAUCUUACAGAGCAGAAGAUCUUGAAUGAAGAAGCUGGUAAAGAACUUGAGCAAUUGAAGAUGAAAAAUGAAAAGCUGACRCAAGAGAGUGAGCAGCAGAGUGCAAUGAUGGACGAUGUGAUGAAGGACAUCAGUCAGAAGACGGUAGAGCUGAAGGAGAGAGAGGAUGAAGCAGCUCAGAUGCGCCUUGACAUUUCAAAGCUGAGCAAAACAAGAGAUGUUCUCCAGGCUAAGCUGCGUACUGCAGAGGAGCAAAGAGUUGAUGCAGAACAUGACAAAAGCAUACUAAAAAAUCAAAUAAUCAGGCUGGAGAAAGACUUAGAGAUAGCAAAAAAGCAGGCAGAUAUUGACAAGAGAACUACAGAUGGGCUUGUGAGGGAAAGGGAUAUGCUAAAUCAGAACCUGAUCAAGGCUACAAAUGCUACUCAGAAGCAGAUAGAUUUGGUGAAGCUCCAUGAACAGUCAAAACAGCACUUGGAAUCAGAAAUCCAAAGUUAUAAAAUAGAAGCUCAGAAACAAAGGAAGAUUAUUUACCAAUUAGAGAAGGAGAGAGACAGUUUCAUCCAUGAAACAAGUGAGCUCAAAGAGAAGAUCCUCAAUCACAUGAAAGAUCUUGAAAUACAUCAAAUGCAGAUCUGUGACUAUGAGAAGGAAAUACAAGUGCAAGUGUUUAAAUUAAAACAGCAACAAAACUUUUGUGAAACUCUGAGAGCAGAGAGGACCUUGUACAGUAAAAAUCUGAUUGAAGCUAAGGAUGAGAUAGCAGAAAUGAAGAUGAAACUGAGAACUGCCACACGUCAGGUGGAUCAGUUGAAAGAGGAGCUCAAAGAGAAGGAUGCAGCCCUUGAGAAAGCACAUGUGGAACAUGAGCAGUCAGAGAAUGAGAAGGAAUCAGUGAAAGCUGAACUGUGUAAGAUGACAAAACAAGCUCAGGAAACCAAAGCCUAUAUAGAAAAUCAGGAGGCAGAAGAGAAAAAACUCCUAAAAAUCAUUGCUGAUGCUGAUGCAGAGAGAGUGAGGCAGAAGAAGGAAUUUGACAAGCUGCUCUGUGAUAGACACGCCCUGGGGACCCAGCUUAUUCGGCGCAAUGAUGAAGUGGCUCUGCUCUAYGAGAAGAUAAAAAUCCAGCAGGCCAUCUUAAACAGGGGGGAAACUGAGUUCAGGCAGAGAAUGGAAGACAUGCGGAUUCUCAAGCUGGAGAUCAAAAAGCUUCGGCGUGAGAAGGGAAUACUUGGCAAGAGUGUGGCUAAGGUGGAUGAGCUCAGGUGGGAGUUUAAUUACAUGCAGAAAGAACUGUUAAAGGAACAAACUCGGUGCAAACUUUUGGAAGAAGAACUGCAGAGGCCCUUGCAAGUUCACAGAUGGAGAAAAUUAGAGGCCAGCGACCCCACUACCUAUGAGCUGAUUCUGAAAGUACAUAGACUACAGAAGAGGCUUAUCACCAAGACAGGUGAAGUGAUAGAGAAAGAAUUUCUCCUUCAGGAAAAGGAGAAGCUGUAYGUGGAGCUGAGGCAGGUGUUGGCCCGGCAGCCUGGGCCCGAAGCCGUGGAGCAGUUGCAGCAGUACCGGAACGUAAUCCGGGAGAAGACGAAGCAUAUCAAAGCUUUGUCCUCAGAACUGAAUAUGUGUGAAACACAGAACAAAGAAUACAAGAAACAAAUUGAAAGACUUAACAAUGAGCUUCUGGAAGUGAAAAAGAAAUAUCUAGCUCAGAAACGCAAGGAGCAGCAGUACAAGGAGAAGGAGCGAGCCAGCAUGGACAUGAGGAUGAAAUUACCACCUCUCAAGCCUGGUGACCCCCCCUUCACGAUAGGGGGCUUUCCUUUGAGCAAACUCCUUUCCAAAAUUGCAGUCUAGGAAUGCACUCAUCUAGUUGCUUUACUGUUCCCAGUUUCUUGUUUGAGAAACUGUAAUUUUAGGAGAGAUUCAGAAUCUACUGAAAUCACUGUAUCACC